AUGAUUUCUUCGUUAUACUGGGUGCGAAAAGGAGUUUCUGCUGAGCAACCGGAGAGAUAUGAACUCACCGAACAAGAAUAUGAACGCAUAAAUAUAUCAACAGCUGGUGAGCUGAAAGAAGCUCAAGAAGAAUUAAAAGAAAUUAAAGAGGAACAAAUGAAAGAUGCCAAAAAUGAAGAUUCCGAAUUGGCAGAGUAUAAUUUAGAGAAUUAUGAUGAUGAUGACGAGAAAAUUGAAGGCGAAUCAAUCAAAUUCUUUGGAAGUGUAACGUCGUUAACGUAUUACGCGUCUAAUGAAGAAGAUCCAUAUAUAACAUUAAAUGACGAGGAAGACGAUCCCGAAACCGAAGAUUUACGAAUUCUAAAAACCGAUAAUAUCCUAAUAGCAGCAAAAACCGAGGACGAAAUCUCACAAUUAGAAAUCUACAUUUACGAAGAAUCCAAUGAUAAUCUUUACGUGCACCACGACAUCAUGUUACCGUCGUUUCCGCUAUGUUUGGAAUGGCUGGAUUUCAGGUUAGGUAGAAAGUCGGAUGUGCCAGGUGGCGGGAAUUAUAUUGCCGUUGGUACUUUUGAGCCGGAAAUUGAGAUUUGGGAUCUGGAUACUAUUGAGGCGAUGUAUCCGGAUGCGAUUAUUGGGAAAUGUGAGGAUAAAAAAGAUGCUGUUAUGUCGCUUGCAUGGAAUAAACAACACAGAAAUAUUCUUGCGAGCUCUUCGGCUGAUACAACUGUAAAACUUUGGGAUCUUCAAAAAUUAAGAUGCGCGCAUUCAUUUAAUCAUCACUCAGACAAAGUUCAACAAGUUCAAUGGCAUCCUAUUGAAUCAACAAUACUUCUCACAGCCUCAUACGAUAAAACAGUAGCAGCAUUCGACAGUCGAUCACCACAAGCCAUCACAACCUGGAAUAUUUCUUCAGAUCCAGAAUGUAUUCGAUGGAACCCAUUUUCACCGCAACAAUUUUAUGUGAGCACCGAAGAAGGACUUGUCCUGUGUUUUGACGCGAGAAAUACGGGAAAUAACAAUAAUAAGGAUCAUCACCCACUAUUCAUUUUACAUGCGCAUGAUUCUUCAGUGUCGGCAUUAGAUGUGAAUCCGCUGGUUGAAGGUUGUUUGGUGACUGGAUCUCCGGAUAAGAUGGUUAAAGUUUGGGAUGUCAAAAAUUUAAAACCUAAUAUGGUGACAAGUAGAGAUUUGGAUGUUGGUAAAAUAUUUUCCCUUCAAUUUUGUCCAGAUUCACCUUUUCAGUUAGCGGUUGCCGGAUCAAAUGGAAGUGUUUAUAUAUGGGACAUAUCCACAAAUGCUGGAGUUCGCCACGUAUUUGAAGGUAGAGGAAUUCCACUUGGAGCAAGUAAAAUACCCGUAAUUGAUGUAGGUUUUUAG